UCUAGUUCAGUCAGUAAUUCACGCUUGUUGAGAGAGGUUAUACGCGUUGUUCAACUGCUUUGCAAUGGGUCUAGGUUUGCUGUUGUUGAUCGGAUUAGGUACGCUUAUCUUCUGGUUAUAUAGACUCAAUAAGGAAUACUAUGUGCUGGCCUUCUUUGCUAAGCGAGUACGCACGAAGGAUGGACGACCCGUAGAAUAUAUAGCUCCGGUAGCUGAGGGACGCACUAUAUUCGGAAACUCUUUCGACUUGAUUGGCCGAAAUGAGGCUGAGGUGUUUUUUGAUAUGCGCAAUAGAACCAAGAAAAUGUGUCGCAGCUAUAUAGAAUAUGCCAUGGGCACUUCCAUAUUUUGUAUCAUCGAUGCGGACAACUUGGAAGCCGUGUUAAAUGAUCAGAACCUGAUAACCAAGGGUAUGGUGUAUGAAUUCUUGCAACCGGCGUUACACACUGGCCUGUUGACAUCAACAGGUCAGAAAUGGCACUCAAGACGCAAGAUGCUUACGCCCACAUUUCACUUCAAUAUCUUGGGACAAUUUGCAGAGAUUUUCAAAGGCGAGAGUUUGAAAUUCGUGCAGCAAUUUGAGGGAAAGGACGAGGUCUCUAUCUCCCUAAGUGAGCUUAUACCAAGGUUCACUCUCAACAGUAUUUGUGAGACAGCCAUGGGCAUCAAGCUGGAUGACAUGGCAGCCAAGGGGGAUCGCUAUCGCCACAGCUUCAGCAUGAUUGAAAAGAUAUUUAUAAGGCGAUUCAGCAAUCCAAUUUAUUGGAGCGAUACUUUGUAUGAACUGUUCGGCUCCAAGGAGGACAAACGCUUCUUACAGGAUGUUCAUGAUUUCUCUAGUGAAAUUAUAGCCAAGCGCAGAUUACUUUUGGCACAAGAGGUAAAGGAAAGGGGAAGCAGCCAAGCGGCAGACGAUGAUAUUUAUAUUAACAAGAAACAACGCUUUGCCAUGCUGGAUACACUAAUCUUUGCUGAAAAGGAUGGCCUAAUUGAUCAUGCGGGAAUUUGCGAGGAGGUGGAUACGCUCAUGUUUGAGGGCUUUGAUACCACUUCCAUUGGCUUGAUAUUUGGACUUAUGAACAUGGGCUUAUACCAAGAUAAGCAGGAACUGUGCUAUCAGGAGAUAAGCGAACACAUUGCUGAUGACUUUAGUAACUUGGACCUUAAUCAGGUCUCUAAACUAAAGUAUUUGGAGUGCUUCGUUAAGGAGACGAUGCGACUGUUUCCCUCGGUGCCAAUUAUGAGCCGUAAGACUCUAAAGGAAACUGAACUGGCUAAUGGUCUGAUACUGCCGCCAGGAGCGCAGAUUGUUAUGCAUAUCUUUGAUGUACAUCGCAAUCCCAAAUACUGGAGCUCACCUGAGGAGUUCCAGCCCGAACGUUUUUUCCCCGAGAACAGCAGAGAUCGUCAUACCUAUGCCUAUAUACCUUUCAGUGCGGGUCAACGCAAUUGCAUAGGUCAAAAGUUUGCCCUGCUCGAGAUGAAAACACUGCUCAUCGUAAUACUCAAAAAGUUCAUUGUCUUACCUCUGGUUGAUCCCAAAGAUAUCGUUUUUCACACGGGCAUCACAUUGCGUUGCAAAAAUGAUAUUCGAGUGAAACUAGUGAGACGUAGUUUUACGAGCUUGUUUCAGUCAGAGCUGAGCGCUUGUACGGAGAAGUUAUACGCAUUGCUUAACCGCCUUACAAUGAGUUUGGGUCUGCUACUGCUGAUCGGCCUGGGCACGCUCAUCUUCUGGCUAUAUAGACUUAAUAAGGAGUACUAUGUGCUAGCCUUCUUUGCCAAGCGAGUGCGAACUAAAGAUGCACGACCUCUGGAGAGUAUAGCACCGAUAGCUGAAGGACGAACAAUAUUUGGAAACUCUUUCGAUUUGUAUGGCAGAAAUGAUGCUGAGGUAUUCACCGAUCUGCGUGCAAAAAUCAAGAAAAUCGGUCGCAGCUAUAUAGAAUAUGCCAUGGGCAGAGCCAAGUUCUGCAUAAUUGAUGCAGAGAAUUUCGAUAACAUAUUGAAUGAUCAGAAUAUGAUAUCCAAAGGACUCGGAUACCAAUUUUUGCAUCCCUUUCUACGCACGGGUCUAUUAACCUCAACUGGUCAGAAGUGGCACUCAAGGCGCAAGAUGCUUACGCCCACAUUUCACUUCAAUAUUUUAAGCCAAUUUGUAGAAAUUUUCAAAGCUGAAAGUUUUAAAUUCGUGAAGCAAUUUGAGGAAAAGGACGAGGUCUCUAUCUCCCUAAGUGAGCUUAUACCAAGGUUCACUCUCAAUAGUAUUUGUGAGACAGCCAUGGGCAUCAAGCUGGAUGACAUGGCGGGCAAGGGGGAUCGCUAUCGCGAAAACUUCACCAUGAUCGAAAAGAGAUUUAUCAGCCGCAUAAGCAAUCCCAUAUAUUGGAAUGAUACCAUUUAUCGCCUUUUUGGAGCCAGCAAGGACAAGCAAUUCUUAGAGGAAGUCCAUGGUUUCUCUAGUGAAAUUAUAGCCAAGCGUCGAAAACUUUUGGCAGAAGAAAUUAAAGAAAAGAAAAAUAAUCAAGAAGGAGUUGAUGACAUUUAUAUCAACAAGAAACAACGCUUUGCCAUGCUGGACACUCUGAUCUUUGCGGAAAAGGAUGGCUUGAUUGAUCACGUGGGAAUUUGCGAGGAGGUGGAUACACUCAUGUUUGAGGGCUUUGAUACCACUUCCAUUGGCUUGAUAUUUGGACUUAUGAACAUGUCAUUAUAUCAAGAUAAGCAGGAGCUGUGCUAUCAGGAGAUAAGCGAACACAUUGCUGAUGAUUUCAAUAACUUGGACCUUAAUCAGCUAUCCAAACUAAAGUAUUUGGAGUGCUUUAUUAAGGAGACGAUGCGACUGUUUCCCUCGGUACCCGUUAUGAGUCGCAAGGCAGUAAAGGAGACCGAACUGCCCAAUGGUCUGAUAUUACCGCCGGGUGCCGUCACUAUGCUGCAUAUCUAUGAGCUGCAUCGCAAUCCCAAGUACUGGAGCUCACCUGAGGAGUUCCAGCCCGAACGCUUUCUGCCCGAGAACAGCAAAGACCGUCAUACCUAUGCCUUCAUGCCCUUCAGUGCGGGCCAACGCAAUUGCAUAGGUCAAAAGUAUGCCAUGCUCGAGAUGAAGACACUGCUCAUCGUAGUACUGAAGAAGUUUAAAGUUUUACCUCUCAUUGAUCCCAGGGAUUUAGUUUUCCAGACUGGCAUCACAUUGCGUUGCAAAAAUAAUAUUAAAGUCAAACUAGUUAAACGUGCUUAGGGCUAAACUCUUUACUUAAUUCUAGCUUAUUUUCUCCUUUAUAUUUUAGAAUGGAUUGGAAUAUAAAUAUUUAUUGUUUCUAAAUUCUUUAAAAAAUGUACAAUCUAAUAAAUUUCUUAAAGUCAAA